CAAAAAUGGGCGCAAAAACCGAAUUCCGAUCAUCCGAACCAAUCACCGACUCGGAGCGUUCUCAAAUCAAUUCAGUGAGAGCAAUGCUUCAGGAAAAGCUUCCAGAUGGAAUUCCAGAUGAUGUAAAUACUGACCUAAACCUAUGUCGUUGGAUACGUGGAUAUCAUGGGGAUACAGAGAAGCUUGUCAAGAACUUUGCCACGUACUUGGCGUCCAGGAAGGCCGCCGGUUUCGUUGGCAAUGAUUUUGCGGAAAAGUUUUUCGAGCUACCAAGUAUUGCUCCAUUUCUACAAUUUAUUGCGUCAUCAAGGCUUCAGGAUAGACAAUGGUCUGAUGAGCAUAAUGCAUUCUUGUUUGUGGAAAGAGCAUGGUCACAGCCUAAGGAGUUCAUAAAAACGUUCAAAACAAGUGAUUACCUACUUCAUUGCUUCGGAUACUCUGAAAUGCUCCAGCAGCUCAUUUUAAGACGGGAAAAGAAGCAGUCAGCUGAUAAGGGACCCGUUCAAUUUAUUGUUAUUUUCGAUCUCAACACUGUUAAUAUUACGGAUUAUGUGAACCCAAUGUCGGGCUACAUGAAGCUCUGGCAAAUUCGAAGCGAGCUUUGGCAAGAUUGGUUCCCAGAAAUGGUCCAACGAAUCUAUUUGACCAAUCCACCACGGUUACUCGGGCUUCUGUGGAAAGUUGCUCGGGUUUUCUUGUCGGAGGAAAAUUUGAAGAGGAUUGAGAUUAUUUCCGAUAAAUCCGACUUGGCGGGGAAGUUCUUGCCGCCCUGGUUGGUGCCAAAGGAAUAUGGAGGCGAAUUCGUGAAUACAGUACCCCCAGGCGACGAGACGGGGGUCUCGGUCCGUCGAAAAAUUACGUCUGCCGACUAUUACAAGCCAUAUCAACACUACAAAGAGCACGGAAUCGAUCGUCCAAAGUCGAGUCACAAGGAUGUUUCUCCGGCCGAAAAGUUCGUGUUCAAGAUUCAAGUGCCAAACGGAAAGAAGCUUCUGUGGGACUUCACGGCUAGUGGAGAACUUCAAUUUGCUAUUUUUAGAGGCAAUAACCGCAACGAUCUCGUCUUCCCAAGUCUCCAUCUCAUCACCAACAAACUCAACGAAGAAGGAAGCCUGGACAAUGUCUCGGAUUCAGAAAUUUCCUUCGAAUUCCAGAACCUAUCCGGAUACUUCACGUUGAAGCUGGAGUACACUGUAGCUAUUAUUUGAAAUUUUUUUUCGCCGACUCUGUGAUAAUAUUGACUCCCCGUAAUUUAUUAAUCUAUGUAUACAUACUUUUAAUAAUUUUUUUAAUAC